UUUUCAGCCUCCCUUAUCAUCCAAUCUUCCGAUUAACGGCACACACGAGUUGACCAUGUAUAGCCUACUUCAUAAAGGACUUCGCCUUUGACCCGACACAAGGGCAUUAUGAGUAGGCAGCUGAAAUUAGCUGCUGUUAUUUAGCCAGCAUGCCUCAUUAAACGCAUCACUAUUAACGCACUAGUUCUAAAUGUAAAUGUUUAAACAACCCGCGGUGCUUUCUUGGUGUUGCCAACUUCAUUUUCUUUGCGCAUUCCGUACAGAGUGAUUGUGAUCACAUCUGGAGGAAGUGUUGUUGUAAAGUUUUGCCGUAGUUAUCAAGAUAAGGAGUCUAAAGGGCGUUUGCUUGUCAACAAGUCCGUUUUACGCGCUUUACGCGCUUUGAACGUUCAGUAACCAAUGUCAGAGAUUGUUUCUAAAGGAGCAACAGUAUCUCUGCCAAUGUGCCAUACCAAGUUUCCGGCUCUGUUCUGUUUCCCUUUCACUCUAAAAUACAUGGCCAUAUUCUUUGUCAUGGCUUUCCAUUUCACAAAAUGCAUUGCACCACUGCUGCAAUAUGCAACAUCUCUGGUCGAAGGCACAUCAUGCAGAGAACCCUACCCGAAACUAUGCAGAGUAUCUUGAGGUAUUGUCUCAAUAUAACAUAUUUUUUCCCAAAUGAAAGAUUUCCCAAAGGAAGUAUGUGACCUGUGGAGAAAAAAAUUAAGGAAUUAAAUUCACCAUUUCACUAAUGAUCAGAGGUCGUUCACCCCAGGUGGCAACUAACAAGGAGAAAAAAAAUGGGUUGCUAUGAACUGGAGUGCAAAGGUAGACCAAUCACUAACCUAUUAGUGCUCCGGUCUGUUCUGUCUGAACAGUCAGAUUGAUCUCCUCUGCUGCAAACAUGAGUCUGUCAGCCCAGAGCCACUCAGUGCCCCUCAGUGAUGGCAACUCUAUGCCUCUUAUGGGGAUUGGGACAUAUGGAGACCCCAGGACGACACCCAAAGGCACAGCGUAUGAGGCGGUGAAGCUGGCCAUAGAUGUGGGCUACAGACACAUUGACGGGGCCCUGGUGUAUUUCAACGAGCACGAGGUAGGGCAGGCCAUCCGCGACAAAAUUGCUGACGGAACGGUGAAGAGAGAAGACAUCUUUUACUGCGGAAAGCUAUGGUGUACUUAUCACACUCCGGAGAUGGUACGACCCGCCCUGGAGAAGACGCUCAAGGCACUUCAGCUUGACUAUGUGGACCUGUACAUCGUUGAGCUGCCCAUUGCAUUCAAGCCCGGAGAUGUUUUCUACCCCAAGGAUGAGGAUGGGAAGUACAUUUACGCAGACGCAGACCUGUGUGCUACAUGGGCCGCGUUGGAAGCUUGCAAAGACGCCGGACUGGUGAAGUCCUUGGGAGUCUCAAACUUCAACAAACGCCAACUAGAGCUCAUAUUGUCGAAGCCAGGACUUAAACACAAACCGGUCUCCAACCAAGUGGAGUGCCACCCGUAUUUCACUCAGCCCAAGCUGAUGGAGUUCUGCAGCCUGCAUGACAUCGUAAUCGUGGGCUACAGCCCUCUGGGGACCUCGCGAGAUGCAUCCUGGGUGAACCUGAAAUGCCCGCCUCUCCUCGAGGAUGAGUUGUUGGUAUCCAUUGCCAAGAAGUAUAAUAAGAACAGUGCACAGGUGUCCCUACGCUUCAAUGUGCAGCGAGGGGUCGCUGUCAUCCCUAAAAGCUUCACCUCACAGCGCAUCAAGGACAACUUUCAGAUAUUUGACUUUUCACUCACAAGUGAAGAAAUGAAGCAAAUUGAAGGACUAAACAAAAACAUCCGCUUCGUCGAGCUGCUCAUGUGGUCUGACCAUCCGGAAUACCCAUUCCAUGAUGACUACUGAAUGUAUAAUAGAGGAAGCGUUGUGAACUACUACACAGGCCGCUUUAAAAAAAAAGGCCGCUUUUAAAAAAGGGACGCUGUCACAGCAAUACAAUCAUCACUCACUACAGCAUAUCCGCUACUGCUAUGCUAUUUCUACAGACUACAAGCUCAUGUAAGCACUAUAGGAAAACACAUAACUACAGUACAAAGGGCUGCAUUUAGUUUGUAAGUACAAAAAAUAAAUGUGUAAUUUGAAGAUAAGCACAUUGGGGAUUUCAAUCUGUUACCACUGUUGUAUACUAUACAUCAA